UCCCAUCUUGCGACGACGGCCCACUUCAAUAGGAGCCUCCUGCUGCCUGAAACCCUUUCACCGGCCGGUAACGAGAGGUCGGAGACGGAAUACGCGUCUGUCUCUGGAGGUAGAGACAGAGGGGGAAGGAAAAUCAAGGAAAUCUCAGCUCUUGAUGAUGAUCCGAUCAUGUAUUGAUUGCCGGUUUUAGUAAUGAGCAGCAGAUUUUGCCUUUGGGAAGAUGCUUGGAUUCUCCGCCGUUGAUGGUUUUAUGGAGACAAGUGAAUGCUUGGCUGAGAUGAUCAAAUACUUGGCUAAUGAACCCUCUGUUGGGCUAUUCUUCAUCCAACAGCAUACUCAAAAAGCAGUGCCUAAUGUGACAACACAUAAGAAAUCCGUUGUUGAGAAGGCUCGUGAAACAAGUUUGCAUGCAGAAGAUUUGGAGGACUCUAUUACAAUGAUGAGAUCAAUGAAAGAGUGUGGAUUUCCCAUAGUUGAAGAGAUGAUCCGAGACGUUAAAAAAUCUCUGGUAACUGUGACAACUAAAAAACCUAAAAGAGGUUUAAUUAAUCAGUUGAGCUCAACUAACCUUGGAGAAAGAAUGGUAUCUUGGGGUAGCCCUGCACUUGAUUCCCAAGAAGCCCGUGAGAAAAUUGGUUACAAUUUUUCAAGUGUAUUUACGACAGCAAAACAAAAGUCUAGAAAUCUCUUGCGGCCACAACUUGAUGAUAGGAGAUCAGUGAAUUCAAAGCUAUCAGACCCAUCUACAAGCACAGCUUCGGCUCUGCAAAGUAUGGAAACAGACGAGAUUCCCUUGUCAACCAAGGGUGAAGAUGAAUCUCAACAACAUGAACAGACUGACGAUAAGCUACUCCAAGUAUCUGAAAAGUACAAUGACUUCAAAGCUAUCAAAGAAGCUCAGCUACAGAAGUGGCUGGAAGGGACUGGCAACCAUGAUGAUAAUGGCCAAGCAGAUGAUGCAGAAAGGCUUUAGCUUGGAUGCAGAACACUGGAAUACAAAACUUCAACUUGUACAUACAGUUCUUGAGAUUAUAAGGUUAAUCACUCAAGAUGCAGCAAUCCUCCUGCGGAAACUUGAAUGUUGAUUUCUGAUAAAGCCCAAUGCGCCUACUCACCCACAGCAGGGGUAGAAAGAGGGCUAGGAUUGAAGGCAACAGUGGGGAAUUGGGAAACAAUUUAUGAGGAAGUUAGAGUAUAGGGGUGGUUAGUGGUAGUUUGUGGCAGUUAUUAUGGUAUUAUGUGAGUAGUUACUAUCCUGUAAUGCACUUAUUAGCAUGGCAGUUGCAUUGUAUGUAUCUUUUCUAUAUGGUACCAGUAUGAUGCAUGUCGAAUUCAGUCUUGUGAUUUACCUUUGUAUUUGGAGAUUCUUCUUGGUUUAUUGAAGCAAUCAAUGUUUUCAAAUUUUGGCA